AGCAAUUGGUCCUGUCAGGUCAACAAACAUAACACACUCCUUGUGCCCUGUACCUUCAUUGUCGGGGCUCUUCCCCAUUAUGGACAUUGUGUAUAGCAGACUGAAUGUGCUGGAGCGCAUAUGGUCAGAACAUGGUGGCUGUUCAGGAGACGCUAACGAAAACUCGGCAUGUUCAGAGAACGCACGCAUAAAGCUCAAGGACGUGAUUUGGCAUAUUAACAUUGCAAUACAAACCGAAAUGCGAGAACGUCGGUUGUUAUCAGCAGAAAUUGAAGAUCUCAUGUCAAGUAUCGAUGGCUAUUGUCACAUUUUAGGUAUCCAGAUUGAUACGGUGCUAGCGAAAAGUUUUGUGAACAACAAUGCAGAUUCCGUAUCUGAGGCAUUAGGCGGCUGGCUCAUUGAUCUGCACGGCGACAGCAACCCAACAUAUGGAAGAAGGAAAGCUUUACAAAGUCUCGAUGCUCGAUUGCAGGCUGAGGUGGAUCAACGAUGGUCGUAUGUAAACGCUUGGAUUGCUGGCAUCCAAGAUGUCUGUGUGGAAUUGCACAUGGACAGUCCCAUACUUCCAACGCAGCCGGAUUCCUCUGACUUAAGCUGGGCUACUGUUCAAGGAAUAAGCUGUCAGUACAGAGAUCAUAUGAAGAUACUUGUAGGUGAUUCCAAACAAUUACUAUUGUUUGCUUGUAAACAUGCAUUAAUCUAUUAUGACGAUCACAGAAUGACAAACGCUAUCAGUUUGAGCACAACAUGAUGCUCAUUCACUUCUACCUCAAAGCACUCAACAUAUCCUUAGGCGAUGAUUCUCCUUUCGAUACUGCUAUACAAGUAGUCUUCAGUAAUAUACCAGCACCCUCAAUUAUACCCACAACACCUUCUGAUGAUCACAUCUAUUACAA